AAUUCCACCGUAUAAACACACCAAUUCCUUCUUCCACCAUAUUUGAGUUCUUUUGCUUCCUUGGGAUGGCCGAAAAUUCUCAAAGAAAUUCUAGGACAAUGUUUACCCCAAUUUCCGAGCUUGACAAUACCCGUACAACUUGGAUUCUCAAGUUAAGGGCUAUUCUUGUCUACUUUGUUCCAAGGUGGGCGAGAGGCGGUGAUUCUAUGGAGAUUGUCUUUCACGAUGAACAUAUGUGAUUGGAAAGAUUGUUGCCCGAACUAAGGUUCAGACAAACAUUACUAGAGCCGGAGAACAAAAAUUCAUGGAAGUCACACUUGAGGAUCAUGAAUAUGAAUAUAGAUAAGAGAAUAAUGUCAUUUAUUGAAAAAUAAUUUAUUCAGACUUGAGCAAUGAAAUGAUAUUAUAGGGGAAAUCGAUUGGGAUGCACUCUAUGGGGAGAGUAUGUGGAUCGUCUUUUGGGUUGUUUCACCCAAGAUGCUCGAGAACCGGUGAUCAUGUUGUUGAGCUUUUGUAAACCACGGCGUUAUAUGGGUACUGUGACCGUCUCUUCUGCUUUUCAUGUUACGAAGAUGCUUUUCGAUGGUAACUCUCUAAAGGUCAACGAAUUCAGAGCAAGGUUGCCUCUACAAGUGGAUGACAUUGGAACAAUUGGAAGUAUCAUUCUAAGCGCUGGAGCUGAUGGGGAUGAAGGUGUUAUCAAGACUACCAUGAUCAAAGCUCUCUUGGACACUACAAAGCCCGGUCCCUACUGGAUUGUUAGUAAGAUUGCUUCAAUAAAUGAUUCGGGCGACUGGUGCUAUUUGGGAUGCACCGACUGCAACAAAAAGGUCAUCCCUGGUGGUGAUAAGUUUAGGUGUUCGAGGUGCAACACUACCAUGCUGCAUGGAGUGUACAGAUUCAAGGUCAAUGUUCGGGUCUAUAAUUCCACCGGUCAUGCUUCCUUCAUCCUUUGGGAUAGGGAGUGCAAGGAAAUUUUGGGUGCAAGUGCUUUUGUGCUCAGGGAAAUUAUGCUUGAGAAAAAUGUGGACCCAAAUUUCCUUCCGAAAGAGCUUAAUCGUCUUCUAGGUGUACGUGGGUUGUUUCAUGUCGUUUUGAAAGCCGAAAUUGGGAGUCCAUACUGGACUGGACCAAGAGCCUUUGGAGUUAGAUUGUUGGUCACGAAUGCAAUGAUAAUGAGCAGAUUUGAAGAGUUGAUUCAGUGUGAAGAGGAAGGAUUUGAUGAAGAAAGUGAGGGCCUGUGGGCAUCUCUUGAAGAUUUAAGUGAGAAGAUUCAUGAAGUGAUUGCCUCGAAUGACCCCAGCUCUAGCCAAAGUGUGAACCAGAAGCAUAAAAGGAUUGAUGACCUGGACAAGACUGACUCGGUGAAAAGAGAGCUUUUUGAUGACAUUUCAACAACUCAAUGCAAGAAAAGCAAGAAGGAUAGUCCAAGCCAGUGAACAUCGAUCAAAUGUUAUGUGUUUAUUUUAUAUGAACCGCCUCUGUUUUUGGCUGUUUUUUUUGUAUUUCGUUGGUGGUCUAAUUUUCCUAGGCGUCGUCCUAGAGUACUUAAAAUGUUUGUUUCUGUGAACCGCCUUUGUUUUUGUUUUGUUAUUUCGUAGGUGAUCAACUUUUCCUAGGCGACAUCCUAGAGUACUUUAAAU